GUAACAACUAGAACACAUUCGCUCUAAUAACCGCCUUUAAAUAAAGAAUGGAUGCAGGCAUCUUACGUUUUGCCGCUUUCAGUUCAAUCUACUAAGCGGAAGUCUCCACCCACCGGUGACUCCGGAAGUUCCGCCAUGUUACCGGCGACCCUGAGAGGUAGUGUGAAUUUAGCGGCCACUCAAGGGCUGGGAGAUAGAGGAUCGGGGUGUGUUGGUGGAGGGUGAGGAUAGGCUGAUGGCUGCCUGAGAGUAAUAGGCGUUUAAUAGCUUGUUAUCCCAUACUAACGCCAAUGUGAGGGUUAUAUAUAUAUAUAUAUAUAUAUAUAUAUUUACACACACACAUCCUUUAAGUUGAUCCUGACCCAUGACACCCCCUGUAAGGAUUGCUUUUAGGAAUGUAUGGUGUGUUACAACAGCAACAUUUAUAGAGCCAUAGGAGUGUUUUAAAUUUAACAUUUAAAAAAAAAAAAAAACUUUUAAUAACUUUUAUACACACGCCUACAUUUAACAGUGUGCCAAAUAAGAUGACAAGUUUUAGAAAAAUACAAUGUUAAUAUUUCAGUAUUCUAAAUUAUUAUUUUAGGGAAUUUAUAUAGCGCCAACUCCGCAGGGCUUUACAAUAUAAAUGACCGAUAUAGAUAAUAAUGCACAAUUAUGGUGAAAUAAGGUUUUUUAUUUUUGUAGGCUUUGUGUUCCUUUAAUGUUAGGGUAGCAAUGGUAUAGGUGCAGUUGCUAUCAUUCAUAAAUUCAGUUCCACUCCUAAUCUUAAUAUGCCAGGAGAGGAGUUUGGGAUACAGAAUCACACAUUUUUUUUUUGUCAACUCAGGUCACCCUCCACAAUAUCAUUAUCAUUAUUAGACGACUAAAUUAGAAAGGUUGCAGUUGCUGCCUUAGAGUGUAACUCGUAUUAAUGUCAUACAGGAUUUAAGUCCCUGUACUGCACUGAGAACAGUGCAUGUCUUGCGUCAACACUGAAGAUUGCAGGAUUUAAAAACACAUCUUUUUCAAUAAUAGGCAAAUCAUAUAAUAUGUUUGUACAUACAUUCUGAAAAAGUUUUUUUUUUUUUUGUUUUUUUUUUUUACAGUAGAUUUAUACACCUUAAUACUGACACAUUAAUUCUUAAAAUGUAUUCGUUAUACAGACUAAAACAUGCACUUAUUGUUUGUGUUUCUUCUCAGACUGGCUUGGCCAGCUCUUCUUUCCUCCCGCCUGUCAUGGCAGCCUGGUCCCGUGAAGCUGUUUUGACUCUUUACCGUGCCCUCUUGCGCCACGGGCAACAACUGCGAUAUACAGACCGCGACUUCUACGCUGCAUACAUUCGUCGAGAGUUCAGGAACCAGCAGAGACUCUCAAAACUGGAGGAUAAAGAGAGGCAGCUUGAAAAAGGACAGUUUUUUCUUAAGACCAAGCUUGGUGGCUUGGUUUAAUAACUACAGACAUUGAAUUUCAGUUAACCAGUGUGGGUGAGUAUCGUUUUGCUCAAAAAGCACACCUAGCAACAUUAUUGUAAGCUGUGACUAUGUGCUAGUAUGUUAUUGAGAAAGUAUGUGUAUUUGCAAGGGAGGCUGGAGUACAGUAGACCUGUUUUCUGCAAAUAGUGCAAAUGAUGUAAUCAACAUCAGUUAAAGGACCACUAUAGUGCCAGGAAAACAUACUCUUUUUCCUGGCACUAUAGUGCCCUGAGGGUGCCCCCACCCUCAGGGUCCCCCUCCUGCCCGGCUCUGGAAGGGGGAAAGGGUUAAAAACUUACCUUUUUCCAGCGCUGGGCAGGGAGCUCUCCUCCUUCUCUCCUCCUCCGUUCCUCCUUCUGGGCUGAAUGCGCACGCGCGGCAAGAGCUGCGCGUACAUUCAGCCCGUCGCAUAGAAAGCAUUUACAAUGCUUUCCUAUGGACGCUUGCGUGCUCUCACUAUGAAAAUCACAGUGAGAAGCACGCAAGCGCCUCUAGUGGCUGUCAAUGAGACAGCCACUAGAGGAUUAGGGGGAAGGCUUAACCCAUUAAUAAACAUAGCAGUUUCUCUGAAACUGCUAUGUUUAUAAAAAAAAAUGGGUUAACCCUAGCUGGACCUGGCACCCAGUCCACUUCAUUAAGCUGAAGGGGUCUGGGUCCUAGAGUGGUCCUUUAAUCAUGUAACUGUAUUCAGUUUCACUCCCAGUAUCAGUAUGCAAGUUUAUACUUGCCUGAAGCUGUUGUCUCCCCUUAAGAUUGCUGCUGCAGCAGAUAGAAAAUGUUUUAUGAAAAUGCCCCUGCCUUUUCAGUGUUUUAUCCCACAAUGCAUAGAAUUCAAUGCAUUCUUGCCAAUUUUGGAAUGUUGCAUACAACAUUUGGGAUGGGUAAGGUGUAAGCAUUCAUUGUGCAGGUGCAUAGACCUAAAAUAGUAGGGAAAUGGCUAUAUUCUGUAUACAAAAAAUAAAAUAAAAAAUCAGAGGUUUAACAUUGCUUAGCAGAUAAGCCAUAACAAAUAAAAUAGCACUCAUGAAAUGGUGCUAUCAAUAAAGACUCAGGGUGCCUCCUCCAGAGGUAUGGGUGCCAAAUAAUUCACUCCAAACAGACACUGAAUUCUGGAUGCUCAGCAGAGCAACUUGAGUCAGUCUGCCAGAAUGGAUGGUUUUAGAAUUUUCAGCGGUUUAACUGUACAUAUAUAUGAAUGUGCGCCAGGUAUUCAAAAAGGCCCUACGUGUUUCAUCCACCUUCGUGGACUUCCUCAGGGCAAUAAGUAUAAGACUCAAAUGAAAAAGAAACAUGAUUGUUCAUUGUGGUUUUUUUUUUUUUUACUUACAGCCAAGUAAAUUGUGUACAUCGAAAAAGUGUUAGAUCUUUGAGUUCAGCUCAUGAAAAAUGGGGACAAAAACAAAAGUGUUACGUUUAUAAUUUUCUUCAGUGUAUAUAAUUGUGGGAGUAAUUGAAUGCACUUCAGUAGUCUGAAGGUGUGUUAAAUAAAGGAAUAAAAUUUGAUCCAUGCAUAUCACAAUUUACAGCUAAAAUGUAAUCAGUAGUAAUAAAAGUAGUCCUACUUUUACAACUUAUCUGUUUAACGACGGCUCAGACUUACGACCAGCUCUCUAGCGCAGGGAUUCAAGGGAUUCCCCACAUUAGAGAGCUGAUCUGUGUUCAGGGAAUUUUCCCAGAACAUAGACCUGCACUGGUGCACAUGCUCUGUAGCACAUCCUCACUUACUGACCAAUUCAUCAGAACGGAACCCGGUCGGUAAGUGAGAAGAGCCAAUGUUAACUUUUCAGUUUGGUCUCUGUUUCAGGACAGUAUUUGCCUUGAGAAAAUAAAGCGUUAAUUUCCCAAGGAAAAUAAUCACCAGAUUAUGUGGGACAGUACCUUUUUAAUUUAAGCUUGUAAAUGAUUGUAGAGUUUGUUCUCUGAUGUCUGUGAAAGAACUCUGGCUAGUUAUUAAAUUUGGACAUAUUUUGAUUAGGUGAUUUUUUUUUAUUAAAUAUUUUUUUUAGGGCGAUCUUCCCUGUAUUUUUUUUUUUUUUUGCUGAAUCAUGGCAGGAGCUGGGGAGAAGAAAGGCAAGAAGGACGACAAUGGCAUUGGAACUGCCAUUGAUUUUGUGUUAUCCAAUGCACGUUUGGUACUUGGUGUGGGGGGAGCUGCCAUGCUGGGAAUAGCUACACUGGCUGUUAAACGGGUAAGUAACCAGGAUAUCAAUGGAUAGGAAAGAAGUGUGCUGUUUUACAUAUUUUCACUUUGUACAUUUAAAUAAAAAUGUCAAAGUUGAAAGUUCCUCUAAAAAAAAUAAAAAAAAAAUUUAAUUCCUUGUAUCUAAUUUGCUGGCAUGACUUCAUCCUCGCCGCUACUACACCCGUUGAGAGAUCUUCACGUGUGAGGAUGUUCAGUGCCAAUCAUGUGCUUCUCAUAGAGUAGCAUGGGUGUCGCCACAUUUUGCUCUUCUGAUAAAUUCAGUGUGGAACUUGGCUCACAUAUGAAAGAGACAAUUUCUCUUGAGCUCAGCACUUUCAGAAAAUAAGAGAAGGGAUAUGCAUGUAACCCCUAAAGCUCAUCUGGGAGCGGUUUCUUUAAUCCUAUUUUAUAUUUUACUGUUUUUUUCAGUGCUCCAACAGUUAAAGUGUGUGUGUAAAUAUAUAGUGUAGAUUGCUUCAGAUCUGAGUAAGAGAGGAAAACUCUUGAAAGCUUGUCUUUGAAAUAUUAUGUUAGUCCAAUAAAAAAGGUAUCAUUGCAUACUGCAAUACUCUGGUAUUUUGGCAUUAUAUAUAUAUAUAUAUAUAUAUAUAUAUAUAUACACACACUAUAUAAUAUAAAAUAAACAUAAUGUAUUGAGAUAGAGAAAGAGCAUCCCAGUUGUAAGUUAAAUGCAUUAUUUGGCCAUAUUUGUUUUCAUUAUUAGUCAUGCAGCAGCAAUAGAUUUUUUUUCAUCUGUGCUGUCGUCACCCUUACCAGAUGUAUGAUCGAGCAAUCAGUGCGCCUGCCAGUCCUUCACGUUCCAGUCAGUCUGGGAAACGGAGCUGGGAGGAACCAAGCUGGCUUGGAUCUUCUACAAGGCUUUUGAACAAAGACAUGAAGACAAAUGUGAGUCGUAGCCUGCAGACUCUCCCCACUGACCCUUCAGUAUUUGAAUCAGGUGAGGAUGUGUUCACAAUAAACUGCUUACAUUAUUUUCAAGGUUCAUGACACUUUGCGUUAUUAGUGGAAGCUAUCCAAGCGUUGCGUAACAAUUAUGGGCUAGGAGAGCGGCUGGCACAUUGGCCCACUUUGGUAAUUGACCUCUAUUAUUUUCUGCGUUGAGGUUUAGUUCAAACCACUUAUAGUCCAGUUAAGUUAAUUAUGUAUUCAUUGAGCUGUCUCCCUAGCACAACCUAAAUGCAACCAAGUAGUGUAGGGUUCUUCUUUAUUGAAGUGUAUAUCUGACUUACAUGUAACCCAGAAACAGAAUGUUCAUAAUGAGAGUAGGAGUUCUAUGAAUGAUGUUACAGGUAUCCAAUAUUUUGUUUGUUUUUAAUCAUAUAUCUUCAAAUUUGUGUAUGGAGCAUAUCAAAUUUUAGUAAACUGUAAGCUCAUGCCAAUGUUAUCUUUCAAAAAGUUUAAUUUAGACCCACUCUUUGCAGAACCUGUUCAUCCCAAACCACCAGCUCGGAAAUCACAAGCAGACCUGAAGAAGACUCGUUUGAAGUUCUCACUCCAGGAGAAGCUCUUCACUUACUACAAAAAGCAUGUAGCCAUCCCACCAACAGAGCAGAGUUGUGCCAAGCAGGCUGCUAUUGAUAUAUGUGCUGAACUGCACAACUUUAUACGCAGCAAGUUCUCAGAUAUGCCUCUUCGAGACAUGCACCUGAGUGGGAGCCUCUAUGAUGACUUGCAGGUAAUUUUAAAUGUGCCCUUUAUCAAAAACAAUUUUUAUUUUUUUUUCCCUCUCUAUUUAUUUUUUAUUUUAAAGCAAAUCUGUCACUUUCUUUGGGUCUUACUUUGCAAAUAUCCCAAAUGAAACAUUUCUCCUUAGGGGUUAGGGUCAUGUGAUAGAAGGGGUGCAGUGGAAAAGAGUUUUUUUACAUAGUUUAAGCUGUCCCUUGCGGCCACCACCAACUUCUCCUACUCCUGGCAUUUCAUUUGACAGGAACUGUCAGUACUUUACUCUUGCGCAUGCAAGGGUAAAACACUGAUGUUAGUGUGGGAUCCUUCAUGGAUGCCAUCCGGCAAUUAGUGAGAUGAUAAAUCAAUUUGGACAAAUGUUGACUGCUGAGUUCUGCCUUUUUGCCAACCUCCGGUUUACCGCAAGGCAAAGCAGUCCCUACUUUGUCUGAUGGUCUCUGGGUUGCUUUGUAAUUUAAGUUUCGCAUGAUCCGUUCAUAAGGAUUACAUCUUUAUGAAAUCCUGAGAAGUGACACCAUUUUAAUUUUUUUUUUAUCUGUUUUAAUUAUUUUUUUAUUUUUUUUAAGUUAUUCCUACAUUCAGUUAUACUGAAUAGAUUUGGGUUCCCAUUUAAUACUUGCUAACAUUGGCCUUGAUUUAUUAUUGUUGGGUAAGCUUUUCAAAUGAUUUUAUAUUUUUGGAUUAACAUUUUAAAUUUUAUUUUUAAAAAAUAUUAGAAUAUUUAAAAAUGCAUAUAACACAUACUAUAUCAAAGUAUUUAAAUCGUUUAAAAAAAAUUAAAUAAUUUGAAGAGCUUAUCCGAAAAUAUUAAAUUAAAGAAGGAAAAAAGAGGAGUAAUAUACCUAUAUUGGGGUACUGGAAAAUUAAUAAGUAUACCAGCGGCAAACUGACCAUAUAGUACCAACAAAACUAAAAAAUACUUUAAUUCGAUUAGAUAAAAAUUGCCGAAAAAAUUAGGCAACACCCAAGUGUAACACACACACACAAAAAUAUGUGAAAAUAUAAAUAAAAAAAUAAAAUAAAAAAUAUAUUUAAAAUCAAUGAAACUAGCUCGAUAGCUAUGAGUAUGAAAGGUUAUAAUAUUGCACUCACAAGGUAUAGCACACGUCUGUGCGGUACCAAACUGGAUCCUAUACAAAAUGGUAUAUGGUUAAACUACGCAACCUGAACCAAGACCCACUACAAACACACGGACGGCCAAGACAUAGAACAAACGGCCACUGCAGUCAGAUAACACCAGACGAGAGUUGCGAAACCACACGAUCUGAGCGCCACACACAUCCACAGCCCAAACACAGACCUUUUUGAUCUACCCCAAAACCCACAGAACAACACCACUUCCACGCACACAGGUGAACCCACCUCAACGCGACGACACCAAGACACACAGACAGUGACUCAGACACACAAACCGGAACCACAAAGACGCAACAAUAGAGGCAGACACACAGAGCUCCAGAAUAAAGCAACACUACAUAGAUAUAACCAUGGAAACACGCAAUAGAGGUGACACAGACUUACCGCAGAAGGUUUCACCAUCACCAGCAGAGGGAAAGGACACGAAACAUACAAAACAAAUACAACCCCAAUAUGCACGAGCAGGUAGCCACGAGACACACUAGAACUCAGGGAUACAGACAAAAGACCAGAACGCGUAAACACCAACACAUGUUCGCAAGAUGGGCCUUCACUGCAGUUUACGGCAACAGGGAUAAAUACGCAAACACAGGCAUCUCAGAAGAAAACAGUGUAUUAUUAACGAACCACCAAAGAGAUGGAGUGCAAUAAUGAAACUUCCCUUCUGACGAGCCUGGUCGGGUGAAACGCGCGCGUCAAGGGAUUGACUAUGCUACCAAUCUAACUCGAUGGUUUCAUUAUUGCACUCCAUCUAUUUUAUCUAUGGGGGGUUGGCUCUAGGUGCCCUUGAAGGCACGGGGGGGCUCUUGUAGUUUAUACUACUUACUACCUUUUUCUUUUUCACUGCCUCCUCUGUCCUGUUAUUUCCCGAUAUACCGGCUAACCCGCCAUGCCGUAUUAGCAGACUUUACUUUUUCAUUAACGUCUUCCAUAGGCUUUCCGGCUUGAAGGCAGUACAUUCUAUCGGAUAUACAGGCAUUUUUAUCCCUUAUACCAGUUUCCCAGACUUUUAGGAGCAGCAGGAUCAUGGUAAAUAAUUAUUAUGGAUUCUUUACACAUAUCAUAGUACAGGGCUUGACAAAUUUGAAUCUAGGAGCCAGCUAAAAAGUUAGGAGACAGAUUUUUCAAUGUCAAAAUUAUAAUUCUUAAAGGGACACUAUAGGUACCAGAACCACUACAGCUUAAUGUAGCUGUUCUGAAGUCUAUACCAGAUCCCUGCAUGCUUCUCAAAGUAAAAACUGACUUUUUUAUGACAAAAGGCAGUGUUUACAUUGCUGCCUAGUAACACCUCUAGUGACAGUCACUCAGGUGGCCUCUUGAGGUGCUUCCUGGGUCAGUGCUGCACACUGUGCAGCAACCUUGUUAAUGCUCCCCAUAGGAAUGUAUUGACGAGGAGACGUUAAGUGAUGCAGUGUGACGUUUUGCAGCGCAAUAGUCCCCCAAUUCUUUUCUAUGGGUAAGCAGUGAGUUAGCUGAGAUUGUCUGUCUAGAUUAGAGGAGGUGAGGCCACCAGCACAGCGUGGGAAAAAGGUGAGUAAAAAACACGUUUCCUAUGUGAUUGGAGGGGUGCAGGUCACCUAAACAUACAUACAAACAAACUGAAACACUGACACACGCACACACACACUCACUGACACAGACACUCACAAAUUAUUACUUUUUAAUUUUAUUUUAAAUCCACACAGCCUCCCUAUCUUUGGGGCUGCUGUCAUCUCCCUGCUAUGCUCCCUAGAACACUGUUUAGUGAUGCCGGAUCAGGCUGACAUCAUAAUCGGCUCCCGACAUCACUGGAGGGUGCGUGAGGCAGCAGAUUAUGAGCUGACCACUCCAUUGCGCCGCUGCACAAUGUGUUAAAUAGUUUCAAAAGUUUUGCUGAGCUUUCUGCUUUCAUUAGGAUGGCUGGGGGAAGAUUUACCUGGAUUUCUCUUCCUUUUGGACAUUUCUCCUGACAGCUUCAUCUCUCAGAGUUGCAUCAUAAGUUUAGUAUUGUAUAUGCAGGAGAGUAGGCACUGGGUGUCUAUAGAGGAUCCUGCUGGAUACCUGUCCUCAUCAGCCGGCAAUAGUGAAGGCUCAUGAUAAAUGGCAGAUGUGGCAGUGGAAAAGUCUGUGUAUCAUCACUUUGUAGAAUACACAUGCUUUGUGAAUGUAAUAUAUUCGAGUGACUGCUAAGGUAUUGAAUAAUAGAGAAGAAGUGAAAAAUAUAGAAACAAUUUUAUGGUAUGGUGAGGUGUUUUUAUUAAUUAUUUUUUAAACCGAUGAGGAUGUACUUUUUAUUGUAUUUAGUUGUAUAUUCCUUUUUGUUUUUUUGUUUUUCACAAGACAUUUGCGUGAAAUUUAACUAUGUGACUCUUCAUGCCAGGAUGUGGUGUGGCGGUUAUGAGAAUAACCUCUAACGGCAGCACGCAGGAUGUGUACCAUACUGCACUAACAGGAAAACAUGUUGUUUUACACCUGUGGUUUACUCACCGCUUUUAAAGUUGCAGAAAAUCUAAUUUGGAUGUAAUGUUUCGCCGUUUACAUCUAGUAUAAUAAUGGAUGCAUACUAAAGAUCUGCAACUACCCUUUUGAUCAGACACGUUUUGGAUAAUUCCUAUAGAAACAUUGUUUUGAUGUUGCAUAUAUAGAGUUGUGCAUUAGUGCAGCAAAAAAUAGGUCUAAAUCAUGUAUGUGUGCCUGUGUACAGAUAAUCACUGGAAGGGAGUGCCUCAAAAGUGAGAAGCCACUUUCCGAGAUUGUAAUUUUAGAUUGACUUAUUCCCGACGUAUAGGAAAUAUGUUUUUUAGCUCUGAAAAAUAAAAUGACAUGUAUAAGUCCACACUGGUUCUCCAGUGUGGCUCUUUGUUAUAAGUUUUGAACUUUUUACCUAGCCCAGUGGUUCCCAACCUUUUUUUACUUGAGUACCCCCUGGCAGCUCAUUUCCAUAAAGCCUCUGCCUGCUCCUCUUCUCCCCAGCCUCCCCCUGCUCCUCUUCUCCCCAGGCUCCCCCUGCUCCUCUUCUCCUCAGGCUCCCCCUGCUCUUCUUCUCCUCCUCCUCCCGCCCCGGGCUCCCUCUGCUCCUCCUCCCGCCCCGGGCUCCCUCUGCUCCUCCUCCCGUCACGGGCUCCCUCUGCUCCUCCUCCCGCCACGGGCUCCCUCUGCUCCUCCUCCCGCCCCGGGCUCCCUCUGCUCCUCCUCCCGCCCCGGGCUCCCUCUGCUCCUCCUCCCGCCCCGGGCUCCCUCUGCUCCUCCUCUUGCCCCGGGCUUCCCCUCCUCCUGCUCCUCCUCCUUCUUCCCCGGGCUCCCCCUGCUCCUCCUCCUUCUUCCCCAGGCUCCCCCUGCUCCUCCUCCUUCUGCCCCGGGCUCUUUCUGCUCCUCCUUCUGUCCCGAGCUCCCCCUGCUCCUCCUCCUGCCCAGGGCUCCUCCUGCCCCGAGCUUCCCCUGCUCCUCCUCCUUCUGCCUCGGGCUCCCCCUGCUCAUGGGUGGGGGGCCGGGAGGGAGGACAAUAGAUCCUUAUUGUAAUUUAGGGCCUCCACCUGCCACUCAUGGGUAUGAGGGGACACUUUUUUUAAAUUUUAUUUUUUACAUUUAUUUUUUUUUAAUAAGUGAGCAGCCACCAAUAUUUGGUGUUUGUUUGUUCGUCUGACAUUUCUAUUCAUUCAUUCGUCUUUCUGACGAAUGAAUAGACGAAAUUCCAGUCCGAAUUUCAGACAAUAGUCCCAGUGUUUAAGUGGGCAUGUGUCCCAUAGGGCUUUCAUCUACCCACACAAAGUGGAGGGAGGGGGGCUAGGUGCAUUUGGUGGUGACUAAGGGAGACAUUAGAUGUAGUGGAGUCGGGAGGGGGGGGUUAAAAAACAAAACAAAAAAAAACACGGAUGUGGUCAUGACUAUGCCGCUUUAAGGUAUUUGGGACAAAUGAUGCAGGGUCAGCAAAAAAGUUACGCUUUCAACAGAAAUGUCAACAAUAGCAUAAGGUAAGGUUAAGAAGGGAUGCUUUCUCCUAUGUUCGAAACAUUUAAAUACAUAAAGGGAAUCAACACAGUAAAGGAGGAGACUUUAUUUAAAAGAAGAAAAACUACCACAACAAGAGGACAUAUUCUGAAAUUAGAGGGGCAAAGGUUUAAAAAUAAUAUCAGGAAGUAUUCCUUUACCAAGAGGGUAGUGGAUGCAUGGAAUAGCCUUCCAGCUGAAGUGGUAGAGGUUAACACAUUGAGGAAGGUUUAGCAUGAGUGGGAUAGGCAUAAGGCUAUCCUAAACUUAAGAUAAGGCCAGGGACUAAUGAAAGUAUUUAGAAAAUUGGGCAGACUAGAUGGGCGGGAAAAAAAAUACUAACACAAUUAUCAAUGUUUUAUUUAAUGGUGAUAUUUUCAGAAAAGCCACUUGCCCUUUUUAAGAAUUCUACAAAGGAAAUCCCCAGUAAAGUAACAACAGUUAUUGUUUGCUUUAUUUUUAUGAUUUAAAUAAUAUAUUGGAAAUUGUGAGCUUUUAAAAGCCUGUUAGCGGGGUCCAGCAGAUAACCCUUUGGACACAGUGGGCAAAGGCUCCACCAUAUGUGAAUACAUUAGUGUUUUACUUGAGAUUUGGCAAAAAGUGCAGAUAUGCAAAUGAGCUUGUGUUCAUCAAUCUAUCUAAAUUUAGUUGAAAUCGACAUUGCUGGAAUUUCUGCUCUAGCAAUCCGGUAAUCAGAGACCAGGCCGUGGGAGACUGGGGAAACUCUUGGUUUGUGUCAAGCCACUUAGAAAUGGUUUGACACAGAAUCAGAAAAUGGUGUUUGCAGUUUUCUAACCCCUAACCACUACAGCUAGUUUGAGUUGUUAUUGUGCUUAAGACUGCUCAUUUAAGAGACAUAAUGUGCUGGUUUUCAUCAGUGAGUUUCCAGUGAUACAAAGCAGGGCUUUCAUGAAUGGGAUGUUGUUCACUAGCCGAUCUGUUAUAAAAUCAGCAAGAAGAAAUCUGAGCAUCUGCUCUUCAUUUAGCACAAAGUAUAAAGCAGCUUGUUUCUCAUUGUCGGGAUGGGUGGGUAUGCUAUAUCCUAGAAUGGGCUGUUUCCAUAAGCCUUGUGAUUCAUUUAUAUAAAAUACAUUUUUCUGGCUCGGUGACCUUGUAACUUUGGAUUCUGCUCAAAAUCUCUUCUGAGAAACAAAUCGCUGAUUUAUUCCAUUGAGUACAUUGCUGGGAAUAAUGGAGAGGAAGAAAGAUAAUCCGGUCACACUAUCUCCCUCUAUUUUAUCUCCAAAGUCUUUUUUUCCUUCCUUGUUUUUCAGUGUUGCUGUUCUUUUCUGUAAACACAAUGGGAUUUAUUCACUUAACACAAAGUUGUAGCAAACUGACAACGGAAUUGCAAACUUUAGGUUAAAGUAGCUGAUUUACUAAAAGUCGUCACAGCUUGUCAUUUUGCAAUUCAUAUAUUUUUUUGUAAAUCCCACAUUUUUGUUAGUUUUGUUUUUAUUUCUUUACACUGCAACAUUAUAGCCCAGGAAGUGAUUUGAGCCAUGCUAAGAGAUUGUCAUUGAUUACAAACCACUGCAUUAAACGAUCACUCCAAACAUUUAAAGCACUUUUUUUUUUUUUUUUUUUCGUAUUACAAAAAGUGCAGAUUUCUAUAGAAAUUGGCACAUCUUGUAACACCCCCUGGCUGUCAAUCGGACACCCAGUCCUGUUACUCCCUGGUGGUUUAGCUAGCUGGAGCUAAACUCAAGAGGCAGCAACUGACUAGAACACUUGCCUUGCAAACAGUUCUCAUUGAGCUACAUUGGUGAAGUAUAUGUUUGGACAGCCACAGAAAGUCUCUGGGCUGGAGAAGAAGGGAAGGGCUUGCAAAGGCUGCAUAUGUACACCAAUAAUAUAUUUAUAUAUACAAUUUUAUAUAUUUCAUGAGGGCUUCUAGAUGUAUAAGUAAUUAUUAUUGUUUUAUAAAUGUUGUCAGGUGAGUUAGUAUAAUAAAUGGAAAUGUCAAACACUGUUCUGAUGCAGAUUGAGGGGUCCUGCCAUGAAACCUAAACAUCUACUAAUCUUUUAUUGAAAUUAUAGCAGUAUUUUACAACUAGUCAAAGAAACGUAUAUGAGAAGACACCAUAAUGGCUUCUGCAAUGAACAUAUAAAGGUGCAAAUAAUUAAAAGCUGUAAAUUAGCAAGCUUUCUCUUAUAUCUUUUUUUUUUUUAAUUUUUUCUUUAGGUGGUAAGGGCUGAUCACAUUCAGCUCAUGGUUCCACUUUCUGUGGAAAAGAAUCUGUGGUCAUGUGUUCCUGGUGAAGAAACUAUCCUUAACCUACCAGGAUUCUGUCUUCUACGUCGUGAAAACCUUGAGUACUUCCCUAGGGGGACAAGCUACUGGGAUCGCUGUGUAGUGGGUGGGUACCUUUGCCCAAAGGCUGUGGUAGCCACUUUUGAGAAAGUUGUGGCUGGCUCUAUCAACUGGCCAGCUAUUGGUAGUAUGUUAGGUUAUGUAAUUAGACCUGUGGUGCCAUCUGAUAGCCUCAUCUUGGAAGUUCAGUAUGAAGAAAACCAAAGGCUCUUCAUUGAUUUUCUGCCAUUGGUGGCACUUGAAGAUAAAACAGCAGUAGCCAAAUCUCACAGACUGCCUCGUUAUGGGAACAUGUGGCGCCUCAGUCAACGUGCAGCAGAAACUGCUGCCCUUAUAGGAAAAGAUCAGCAAGACGGGGGUUGUCGAAGUCUCUGCCUAAGGAUCCUUAAAGCAAUUUGCCGUUACAAUCUGCCUAUCACUCACCUUACAGCCUCCCAUCUAACUAAUAUUCUCCUCCACAUCUGUGAAAAGGAGUCAGACUGGUCACAGGGUGCCUUGGCUGACCGAUUCCUUCAUGCACUUAAGGAGACUGUAAGCUACUUGGAGAUGGGAGAAUUGCCCUCAGCUGUAGACCCUAAAGUGAACUUAUUUUCUGAACUCACAGCAGAAGAGGUGGAUGAGAUGGGGUAUUUUCUCUAUUGUUCCUUGACAGAGCCAGAGGUGCUACUGAGGACAGGGGACUAAGUGUGGUGGGAUAUAGACAUAUACAGUAGUAUAAGACACUGUUCUUUUCUGUGGGACCUGCAUCUUAACCUGAUUUGUAUCGAUGAAAUGCAAUUAUUUUUUUCUCAAAUUACUUGAACAAUGUGUAUUUUCUUUUUGUUUUAAUCUUUUAGUAGCUUCUUUAAUCAGAUUCCUCAACUAUCCGAAGAAAGCCACCCUCUAUGGUAUAGACCAAACGUAGGGUAAAUUAUGAAAAGCAUUGUAUAGCCAACCUAACUAGAACAAGAUACAUUUAAAUUAUUUCAACAACUUCUGGAACCUGUCCAGUCACCGUUUUAUACUAAUCAUGAGAUGUGCAAGUUUAGGAUAUUUACUUGGAAUAUAUAUCUAUAGUAAUUAUAGACAUCUACCUUAAAUCUGUUUGUCUUGUACCAUGGUAUUUUCUGUUACAGUAAGUCUGUCGUGAAAAAUUACUUGGUGCUACUUUCAGGGAAUACCAUUUUAUCAAUACACUGCUGUAGUUGCCAUUUUGCUUGCCAAUGCAUUGAUGAAAGGUAUUCUUCAUGGGCUAUUCUGUAUGUUGUUUGGCUGUCAAAAUUUGUCUUUUUCAGUUGGAUUUAAACCGUUCGGACACUCACAUAUGCAAAAUUUAUUUGCAGCCAAAUUUGUACUACUACUAUUCGACUGCCGCCUGGUUACCUGUUAAAAGUAGCUAAAUAUCUGUAUAUCUUGACUGAUUGAACUAUUCACAGACAACCGAAUUGUUCCAAAUCCCCUGUAACAUACUUUUGGGAAAUUCCCUCAUAUCUUAAUGUUUUUUCAUGCUGGUGAGUUCUGUUAUUUACAAAGAUUAAUUUAAAAUUAGCAAGGGUCCAUUUAAAUCAAUGCAGUUUCAGUUCAGGCAAAUAAGUUACCCUUUAGAUAUCUCUUUUGACUUUCUUUGUGAGUACGCCAUUGCAAAGUAGAAGGUACCUUUUAAAAUUUCCAUUUGCUGGUGAAUGACUAAUUGGGAAGCGGCGGAUGUGUUACAGCUUCUUUAAUAGUAUGCAAUAUACCAUAGGUUUUGAGAUUUUAAGUUUGUAGCUACAUGGAGGUAUUAGACAUACUAUGCCACGUCAGAAGUGGCUUUUUAUAUGGCCAAUAUAGAAUGGCACCAGUAUUUAGGGAAGGAUCCAAGGUUCUAUGAAAACACUUGCAAUGUGCAAUAUUGUAUGUAAAUCACAUGCUGCAGCAUGACCCGAAAUAAUGCAAUUUAUAUUUAUUCUUAAUGCCAUUUCAUGGUACCUUUUUGAAGCUGCUAAGUAUGAUUAAUCAAAUCUCACUAUUUCAAAUGCAACCAUAGCAUUAAUAGUGUUAUAGUUUAAUUAAAACAGAAAUUUGUUGCGUACACUGUAGCCCUCUGCUGUGGAAGGGUGUAGUGAUGUCUCCUUGUGACCUGCAAUCAAUCACUAAACAACCAUAAGUAUUAAAUAAACCAUUUUGUUGCUCGAUAGAGCCAAUGUUGCUGAUUUAACCUAUUGCUAUAUUUUCAUCAAAAUCCAUGGAAAUAACCCUUCUAUGGUUUGUUCAAAAUAGGGAAUUAUUAAAAUGUCAGAUUUCUAUCAAGCACAAAAGAAAAGUAUUCAGCUACAAGUUAGGUUUAUGCAUCUAUUUACUGCCACAAUUUAUUUUUGAACAUUAGAAUAGCCUUUUCUGCGCUCCUUAGGAAACUCAAUUGGAAAAUGAAUUUACCUCAAUAUGCGUCACCAAACCACGACCGAAAAAAGUGGAGAUUUCCUCCAUUUAAUCUAACAAGGAAUAUUCAUAGAUUUUCAAAAAAAGUUUUGUCUGUAUUGGGCAGCUACAACACAGUUUUAGGCUUUAUAAUUUGUUUGUGUAACCUUUGAAAUCAGUUUAAGGAAAAUGCUGUGAAUGCCAUGUUGCAUUAAAAGCCUCUUUGAAAUUAUGCAUUUCUUUAGUACUUAAAGGGACACUCUGAGAAACAAUACUACUUCAAUGUAUUUAUCAGGUUUUGGCCUCAUAAUAUGCUGUAUUUUUGGCAUUUGCAAGCCAUUAUAGUUUUUGCAUGUCUCCUUAGACAUGCCCCUUCAUGCUACAAAGACUUGAUUUUCAAUGUAUGCACACAGCUCCACAAAUAACAGUACUGUUUUGUAUUCACAACCUGGCUUCAGACACUCUAGAUUCAGGCAGUGAUUUCCUUAUUGUAGGUCUUCCUGGGUGUCCUCUCCUUCCAAUGCAGGUUGUUUUGUCGUUCAGAUCAUUCAGUACUGUCAGUGGCUGAGCUGUGUACAUAUGUUUUAUAAGGAAGUCUUUCUGGCAUGAGGGGGCAUGGUUAAGGAGGCAGACUUAUUGUGCAGCAAAACAUUACUUUUUUGUUGGCAAAAACUAUAAAGAUCUAAGCAUGCAAAAAACAGCACAUUAAUGAAACCAAAAAUUAUUAAAAGCUUUACUUGUAUUGAUGCUCAAAGUAUAUCUUUAAGUCUACAAAUGUCAAAAAUGGAACCUGUAAUGCAAUUAAAAGGCACUGAGUAUUGGUAGAAUUUUUAGACUCCUCUGAACUGUUACAUUGAUUGUGAUUUACUUUAUACUGUUAGUACUUCCUUACACAUGAGUUUUACACUGUGAAUGCACUCUAGGGUUGAAUGUUGAACACUAUGGAACACUAUAUUGUUUUACAUUGCGGGCUUAGGAGGACAGGAACAUUGCCCCCAGAUCACUUCAAUGCGGUGAGGUGGUCUGGGUGCCUAUAUUGUCCCUUUAAAGACUCAUCAUUUAAAAAACAAAAUAUCCAUGUAUUAUUUGUUGUUUACAGGGAAAUUUAGUAAUAUUCUCUGAACAAUUAAAUGCAGAAAAUCCACUUUUCAUUGGUGUAGAAUCCGUGAUGGGAAAUUUUGAGUGGUUUCUUCUGAGAUCAGUUAAGAGUUUCUCACAGAAAUGAUGCCAAUUUUAUUUCCCCCCCUGCUUCCUGUCAUAGAUCAUUGCUUUUACUCUAUGGAAACCCUAGGUCAUUGAACAUGAAUAUGCUGACUGUGCUUUCCCUCUGGCACCUAGGUUUCGGUUUGAUACUAAGAGGUGUGCUGACCUUGCUAGUAGGAUUGAAGUCUAGCAGACAAGCCAUACUGCCAACAAAAAAAUGCAUACUUUCAGCAAAUCCAUGACAUCUGAAGGAAAUAACAGACUUGACAAUAAAUUGUGAAUACAUUAAUUUUUCUCUUUACUGUUAAAUUAAAUUGAGAGCGUGCUCUUAUCUUCAGGAUUGUAUCUCAGGCAAUUAGACCGUAAUGUAAUCAGUAGGUUUUCCGUGUGGUUUCCAAAGAUCUAAACUAAAUGCUUUUUAUUUUGCAUUCAGUUCACUGUGAACAUUUUGAAGGACAUUUUGUUAAGUAAUUUUAUAUUUUGUGUUACGCUAUUCUUGCAAUAAGAAAAACAAACCUAAAUAUAAAUGCAGGGUAUAUUGCAACAUUCCUCCCAACCAGGUUCCAGUGAGUGUUGUGAUGAUCCUUGGUUUUCUAGUAAUCCUGUAUUGGGAUUCCAGCUUCCCAAAAUGAAUUCCAGGACAAAAAUGGUUGCCUCCUUGGAAGGGCACAGACCAGAUUUAACAAUAUGCAUACAAAUGUUAUGUUGAUAAUACAAUGCAAUAAUAAUACCUACAUUUUGUGUAAAGCUGGAUAAGUGUUCUUGUACAUUCAGAAUAUCCAAAUAUAAUGAACCUGUAGAUUCCAUAAAGGCCAACAUUACAAUAUUCAACACUGUGUUCGAGGCCCCUGUGAUCAUGUAAGCCUACAGAAGUAUACCUUGGUGAAUAUAUGGGUUGGGAACGUAUAACAUGCAUGUUUUUGAGAUGUGUGUGAAUGAAAUGAAUGAUAUUAACAAUAAAAAAGACACAUUUUAAAAGUGUGUUGGUGUCAUUAUUAAAGUGUGUGCUUUUAAAAAAAAUAGUAAUUUUAAAGUAGGCACAAAGACCUAAACAACACAUCCUUGCAAAGGUUGGAAGGAGUUGGCAGCCAUUCCGUGCGACUGAAUCCUGCUAAACCAUACAAAUGUUAUGGCCAAAUGCAGAGAGGUUCUAGGUGCCAUAGAUAUAAUUCUUGUAGAAAAGUUUUCAAAGCCAAUUUUG